ACUCAUGAAGCAUCAGGGAGCAACUCACAUCCAGCAGGUGGUAAUGGCAGUGGAAGUUCUUCACUACCUAUUGGUGGCAGUGACAAAGUUUCUGGAGGAAAAGAUAUUAGAAUAGGAGGUGGGAGUUGCUCACAACCAGUAGUUGGCAGUGGCAGUGUUACAA